GGAUAAAUCAUGUCGCGCAUGCGUUCACUGAUACAUUAGCCACAUCUUCUAUAAACAGUAAAACGCGAGCGCCUGUUGCUUCUAGUCUCACUCGACAUCUCGAGUUGUGCGGCACUUUGUUAGAAAAAAAAAAGAAAUCUCAGUGUUCAUUAGUUUCUCUUAAAAUAAUCAAAAAAAAUUUAAGACAAAAAAAAACCGUGGAAAAAAAAUUGUUCAAAAAGAAAAUUUUUUACAAGUGCUAGGAUUUUUCUUUUUUUUUUGAAAAAAAAAGAAAUUUUUAUUUUGCAAUUGGAUGCUGCUGGACCAAUUGUUAAAGUUGGGAAAUUUUUUUUUUUUGAAAAAUUAUCCCUUUGAAAACUUUUAACAAGAAAAUAAAUUGUUAUUUUCAAAAAACAUCUAAGUUUCAUUUUUUGGAAAAUAAUUAUUAGAGAAAAAAAAAUUGUUAUCGAAAAAUAUCGAAUUACAAUAAUAAUAAUUGGAAACCGUUGAAAUUUAAAAACAAAUCAUAAAAAUUGAUUCAAAUUUUGUGCGACAAAAUUGAAAAUUUAUUUUCAAAGGAGAAGAAUUUAUUAUAAAAAACAUAAAACUGGGAAAUAAUUGAAAAUUAUUUCUCAAGUGUGAUAACAAAACAAAAAAAAAAUUGUUUUCUUCCAAAUGACUAAAGCCAACGACGAAGAAAUGAAGGCAAAUAAAGCAGCGACAAAAAUUCAAGCUGGAUUUCGUGGUUAUCGUGUACGAAAACAAUUGAAAGAAUCAAAUAAGAUCAAUAAUGACAGUGAUUAUGAUGAUGUAAUGAGUAAUUCCUACAGUCCACCAUCAUUAAAGUGUUGUGACGAUUUAAAAAAUUCAUUAGAAGAAAAAUCGGCAACAAAAAUUCAAGCUGGAAUACGUGGAUUUUUAGUACGCAAACGACAUCAACAGGAGCAACAAGCGGCAACGAGAAUUCAAGCUGGUUUUCGUGGUUUCCGCACGAGGAAAUUAUUAAAGCAAAAGGGACAAUGAUAUUUCGCCCAAAAAAUGCUCGAGAGAAGAAAAAAGCUGAGAGAGAUUAAAAAGGACUCGUCAAAUAAUAAUAGUAAUAAUAAAAUAAGUUUCGUCUCAUUGUGGAAUAAUUAUCCAUCAAUUUUUCAAGAGGCUAUUUCAUCAGAUUGAGAUAAAAGAUGAAACUUCCAUUUUCAUAAAUAUUCAAAAAAAAAGAGCCAAACUGAAGAAUAGGACGUAGAUCUUCAUUGCAGCUGAUGACAUUGACACAGUUCGAGAGUGCGUUGGGGAAGCCAUCAUCUUCUGUUUACCACGUGUAUUAAAAUGCACUUGGUAAACAGAAGAUGAUGGCUUCUUUAAAAAAUUUAACUUCGAGGGACCACGUGAAUCUCAAUCUCUUCAUUGACACACAUACACACACGUCUCAUAUUUUAUAAUUUCAAGUCAUUAUUCAUUUUAUCAUAUUAUUAUAUUAAUAAUAAUUUUCAUCAUAAAAUCUCAAAAUAUUAUCAUUUUCAAUAGAACAAUAAAUUCUUUCAUACUACUUUGAUACUAAGAAAAAAAGUUUUAAAUAUUUGUAAAAAAAAUAUGUUUUUUACUAUAUAUAAAUAUAGAAAAAAAAUUUUAAUAUCUGUUUUAUCUGUUAUGAAUAUAGUUUAUCUAUAUAAUAUAUAUUAUAAAUUUAUUAAUUAUUAAAUUAAUAAUUUUCCCCAUAAAUACAUAUUUUACUAACUGUUAAAUUUAUAAAAAAGAAAACAAAUUCUUUGUUUAUAUAUAUAUAUGUAUAUGUGAGAUGUAUGUAGGUUGAGACGUAUUUUUUGUUUUUGUUUUUUUUGGGGAAAUAUUUUUAGACGCACAAAAUCAAUUAAAGAUUUUUAUAUAACGUUAAAAAGGGAUUUCACUUUGCCCUAGAAAGUAGUAAUAUUUCUUGAAAAAAAUAAUAUAUUUUAUAAAUAUUAUUUAUUUGUAUAGAAAAAAUUAUUUAGGGCUCAAAUAAAUUUUUAUUCACGUGUUAAGACUUGUAUACAUCUCCUCUAAUUAUACGAGUAAUCGUUACUACACUUGUUAUGUAUAUUUCACAAAAAAAAACAUCCAUUCUAUACUUGUUAAAAAAAAUAAAGCCAAAACUUAUGUAUUUUGUCUAAAAAAAAACUGCUUUUUAGAUUAAAAACAACUUUAAUUUUUUUUUCCGAAUGAAAUAUUGUAGUGUUAACAAGUUUUUAAAUUAAAAACACGAAAAUUGUGCCUUGAACGUUUUUAGUUUUUAGAAUCAUUUUUUUUUUAAUUAUUCCUCGUGCAUUUUUAAUCGAGGAUGAAAAUUUUUUAAUGACAUCGAACCACCAACAUGUAUAAAAAAAAUCGUAUGUUUCAAUUAUAGCUAUUAUUAUUAAAAAAAAAAUAUAUAUAUAUAAAUAAUUAUUCUUGUGAUAGUCUUGAAGGAAAUAAAUAUUUGUUGAUUUAUAAUUAUUAUUAUUCGUGUUAAUAAUAUUAUUAAUUAUCAUUAUAAUAGUCUAUAUUGUAAUUAUAAAUUACCUAACGCAGUGUAUGUUAAGAUAUUUCUGUAUUACUAGAUUUAUGAAAAAGUCACUAUUAUCUCAAUCUUGUAAAAAUUUUUUAAAAAUAUUUCUGAAUUCAAAAUAUUUUACUCUUAAAUAUUUUUAUUUUAUUCAAAAUUGUAUUGUAUUUUUAAUUAUAUUUUUCAUUUUUUAUCAUGCUUUUGUAAAAUAUAUUUAUUUUUUAUAAUGUAUAAUUUAUUAUUUUAUGAAAUUAAUUUUUGAUUGUAUAAAAAAAAGUACACAUUUAAUUUGUAAAAAAUAUUGAUUAAUUUAAAAAAAUACAUUGAUAGUGAUUGAGCUUUUUCUGACUGAAAUCUUAAGUAUUCGACUUUGUACAUAUACUUUUCUAUUAUUAUUAUAAAAAAAUUCGCAAUAAAGUACGUAAUCCUCCUUU